CCUAAGUGGGAUCGACAUGGGGGAGCUCGCCAAUGUUCCAGUGGAAGAUCUCAUGGGGGAGCUCAUGCGGCGAAUGCGAUGCGCUGCCAAGCCGGAGAAGCGACUCAUCCUCAUCGGGCCUCCGGGUUCUGGCAAGGGCACGCAAUCGCCGAUUAUCGAGGAGAAUUACUGCCUGUGCCAUUUGGCCACUGGUGAUAUUCUCCGGGCAGCCGUGGCUGCCAAGACCCCUCUUGGAAUCCAGGCCAAGGAAGCCAUGGACAAGGGAGAGCUCGUCUCGGACGAUUUGGUUGUAGGGAUCAUUGAUGAAGCGAUUAAGAAACCAGCUUGUGACAAGGGAUUUGUUUUGGACGGCUUUCCGAGGACUGUGGUACAAGCUGAAAAGCUAGAUGCUAUGCUCGAGAGCCAGGGCAACAAAAUCGACAAGGUGCUCAACUUUGGCAUCGCCGACGCGAUUCUAGAAGAGCGGAUAACUGGCCGAUGGAUCCAUCCGGCGAGCGGGAGGUCGUAUCACGCAAAGUUCGCUCCACCCAAAGUUUCUGGCGUCGAUGAUGUGACUGGGGAACCGCUUAUACAAAGGAAGGACGACAAUGCCGCGGUGCUCAAAAGUAGGCUGGAAGCGUUUCAUCGCCAGACCGAACCCGUGAUUGAUUAUUACGAAAAACGAAAAGUAGUGUCCAAUCUCCACGCCGAGAAACCACCAAGCCAAGUGACUGAAGAAGUCCACUCAGUUCUCAGUGCAUGAAGAAACGGAAAAUUUUUCCAGUCGCAAUCGACUGCCAUUUAAAGUUUUUCGAUACACAUUCUUUGGUUUUGAUUUUGGAAAGAAUGGAAACCUUGUGUAGGGAGGUAGUGCUAGGGUUUGGGCAGUCCAAUCUUUUUCGCUCUUCUCCCGCCCAGCGCUGGAAUAGGCGGCAGCAUUCUUCACAACGUGCCAGGGCAUUGGAAGCUAGCUCCGAUUUCGCGGCGCCGGAUUUGCAAGCGCUCAUCCUUGGCGCCAGCGUUGUCGCUGCUACUGGCGCCUCGCUCUACUGGGGAUUCAAGGGGGACCCAGUUUCGUGCAAAAAAUGUGGAGGAAAUGGGGGAACUCGGUGCGUGUUUUGUAGUGAUGGAAAGAUGCGAUCCGAUGGGCGCAACAGUGAGUGCCGAGUGUGUAAAGGCUCAGGCCUGGUACUGUGCAAGGAUUGCAAAGGCUCCGGGUACUCUCGAUGGCUGUGACCAAGGAAUCCGCCAUAGCGAAAAUGUACUGCAAAAGGCAGCUCACAGGGCCCUCGAUCGAACUAGUCGCGUCGCGUCAAUCACAAGCAUUCCCAGUGCUGGAAGAAAAGAAAGAAAAGGAAUUAUCCCCUAGGAAGCGUUUGGUGAAGAGACUCAAGAACAACGCAGCGCAUCAAUCAAUCACGCAGCUGUCCAUCCAUCCACAAAAAAAUCUCCCAUCUACCUUAGAUUCUCCCAGACGUUUGGUGGCUGGCGCUAUGAUGUGCUCCACGUCAGCGCCGGACGGGCUAUGACAUGGACACGUCACGGGGCGGGCAGCCGUAUGACAUGGGCGGGGGCAGACGUGGCAGGCACACCAGAUCGUGUUUAGAAUC